GUCGCUCGGUCUUGUCUCGCGCUCCCUCUAUCCGCGCCCUCGUUCAGAACAAAAAAAAAGAAAAAUAUACAAACGCCGAGUUCUUUGGGCCGAGAGACGGUACAGCUGCUUAGUCUUAAUCACCGCCAGAGAGUAGAGGUGCUCAAAAUGGACGCAAAGAUAGCCAAGAUAAAAAACUACAGGGGCCUUUGCGUCGCUCCAUUCACGCCUUUUGACAGUAAAGGCCACAUCGACAUCAACCUCAUCGACAAAUAUGUGAGCCUGCUGCAGAAGCAAAGUGUUACGGGGGCAUUUGUUAAUGGGUCGACUGGUGAAGGACUUUCACUAACCGUCGCAGAGAGAAAGAAACUGGCCGAUAGAUGGGUUGAAGCCUCCAAAGGAAAAUUGGACCUCGUUAUCGUUCAUGUGACGGCAGCGUCAAUAGUGGACACCCGAGAGCUCGCUACUCAUGCUGAAAGCCUGAAUGUGGACGCUAUUUCCAUUCUACCGCCGUUCUACUUCAGGUCUCCGUCCAUCGACCACCUGAUACGUUACGUCGAAGAAGUUUCUAAAGCUGCUCCAAACACACCGAUCAUCUACUACCAUAUUCCAGCGUUCACGUGCGUCGAUGUGCGCAUGACUGAAUUCCUACCAGAGGCAAGGCGACGCGUGCCGGCUUUGUGUGGAGCGAAGUACUCAUGCAGUGAACUGAGCGACUUGGCUGGGUUCUUGCGCGAAGACAAAGCUGACAUCAAAAUAUUCUUUGGAUUCGAAGAGAUGCUCCUUGCGGCUCUAGCUUUGGGUGUGACCGCAGCCAUUGGAGGGACAUUCACCUACCAGGGACAUCUUGCAAAGAAAAUUGUCGAUUUGUACGAGAAAGGUGACUUAGCCGGAGCACGCCAUCACCAGGACAAGCUGAAGCAUGGCAUCGAUACCCUCUGCAAUCAUGGUUUCUCUGUGGCUGCUCUGAAGGCUGCCGCCAACAAAGUCAGCGGGCUCAACUUCGGGGACACUCGAAUACCCGUCUGCCCCUUGCCCGAUGACAAAGCUGAGAAGCUUGCUGAGGAGAUUAGAGCCCUGGAUAUACUCAUCUGAUGCCAGCCUGAUGGCACAAAGUGUGCUUUUUUCCAUCGCCGAUAUUCAUGAAGCGCAAGUAAGGAAUGUAAUUGGUAAAAUGCGGCACGAGCCUCCGUUCUCACAAGAAGUGAAUGAAUAAAAUUUAUCUUAGUAAUUGCAUGUUUGUGCGAAAAACAGAAGGAGAAAAAACACGGACUUUAACCUUUAUGGUCAUAAUCAGGGAAAUCAAAUCAACGGUAUUGUGGCCAUCAAAAUUGCAUGCAGAAGGACAAUAUAUCACGAUUUAAAAAAGGCUAUGUAUAUGUAUGGUAAUAAAUAAAUAGGUUUACAUCGGUAUUAUUAAAAGCCAUCGGUAAGAUUAUAUUGCAUACAA